AUGCGUAUGGUGACUCGGGCUCCCAGGUUUGGGAGGUUGGCUUUCGGCUGGCUCGGACUUCGGUUUUGUUCCCAAGGAGCUCGAGCAGCAAUCCUCUUACAAAGUUUAUGUUACACAGAUGUUUUCAUUGCAUCAGCUGACUUAUGCUGUUUGGAGAUGACAACCAAAAGGAAAAUUAUCGGCCGCUUGGUGCCCUGCCGGUGUUUUCGUGGUGAAGAAGAAAUCGUCUCAGUGUUAGAUUACUCUCACUGUGGCCUACAGCAGGUGCCAAAGGAGGUUUUUAACUUUGAACGAACGUUAGAGGAGCUUUACCUAGAUGCCAAUCAAAUUGAAGAGCUACCUAAGCAACUGUUCAACUGUCAAGCUUUACGCAAACUGAGUAUACCAGACAAUGACCUUUCGAGUCUGCCAACCACUAUUGCUAGCUUAGUUAAUCUCAAAGAACUUGAUAUCAGUAAAAAUGGAAUUCAAGAUUUUCCAGAAAAUAUUAAAUGUUGUAAGUGUUUAACAAUUAUUGAAGCCAGUGUCAAUCCAGUCUCUAAGCUGCCAGAUGGCUUCACACAACUUCUAAAUUUGACCCAGCUCUAUCUAAAUGAUGCCUUUUUGGAGUUUCUUCCAGCUAACUUUGGAAGACUUGUUAAAUUGCGGAUUUUGGAGUUAAGAGAAAAUCACUUGAAAACUCUACCAAAGUCAAUGCACAAACUGACUCAACUGGAGAGACUUGAUCUGGGCAAUAAUGAAUUCUCUGAGCUGCCUGAGGUUCUCGAACAAAUACAAAAUCUAAAGGAACUGUGGAUGGACAAUAAUUCUUUGCAAAUACUACCUGGGUCUAUAGGGAAGUUAAAACAGCUCGUGUACCUGGAUGUGUCAAAAAACAGGAUAGAAACUGUUGAUUUGGACAUAUCGGGAUGUGAAGGACUUGAAGAUCUCCUGUUGUCAUCCAAUAUGUUGCAGCAACUGCCAGACUCCAUAGGACUGUUGAAAAGGCUUACGACUUUAAAAGUAGAUGACAAUCAGCUUACGAUUCUGCCAAAUGCGAUUGGAAAUUUAUCUUUAUUAGAAGAAUUUGACUGCAGCUGUAAUGAGUUGGAGUCCUUACCCUCUACCAUUGGCUACCUUCACAACCUGAGGACGUUGGCUGUGGAUGAGAAUUUCCUUCCUGAACUGCCCAGAGAAAUCGGAAGCUGUAAAAACGUCACAGUGAUGUCUCUGCGCUCGAACAAGCUGGAAUUUCUUCCUGAUGAAAUUGGCCAGAUGCAGAAGCUAAGAGUGUUAAAUCUGAGCGAUAACAGACUGAAGAACUUACCGUUCACUUUUACUAAACUUAAAGAACUUGCAGCUUUGUGGCUUUCUGACAACCAGUCCAAGGCUCUCAUUCCACUGCAAACUGAGGCUCACCCAGAAACAAAGCAGAGAGUACUGACUAACUACAUGUUUCCCCAGCAACCCCGCAGUGAUGAAGAUUUCCAGUCUGACAGUGAUAGUUUUAACCCUACUUUAUGGGAGGAGCAGAGACAGCAACGUAUGACUGUUGCCUUUGAAUUUGAAGAAAAAAAGGAAGAGGAGGAAAAUGCAGGGAAAGUUAAG